UUGGCACCACAGCUUACAAUCUGCAAUGGGGGCUGCGACGCAGUGGCCUCUCUUGCUCCUUGGAAUUCUUCUCUGCAGGCUCCCAUGGACUUUCUCCUCAACUCGACCGAGGAGCUUGGUCAGUAUGGUAAGCAUGCGUGCAGCAGAUGAGGAUGGCAUCCUCGAUGGUACCUUCAAGGAAGUGGCCUCGAACCUUGUCGGCUCGAUGCCAUUGCCUGGUGUUGAAAAGGAGGCGCACGAUGCUUACCGAGUAGGCCUAAAUGCUCAAACUUCUGGAGAUUUGCAAAUGGCAGUGAGGUCGUAUGCCCAGGCUUUGCGUUUGGAGUCAGAUCCAUACGAUCGCAGCUACAUCCUCUAUAAUCUGGGCCUUUGCUUUGCAGAGAACGGAGAGUAUUCCAAGGCUGCAAAGUACUAUCUCAUGGCAGUUGAUCAGAAUUACGAAUUGUGCUCUGCUUGGAACAACUUAGGGGUCCUUUUCCACGCACAGGGGAUGAAGGCUGAACGGGAUUUCCGAUCUGAGCGAGCCGAUGCGCUCUUCGCAAAAGCCGCUGAGUAUUGGAACCGGGCAGCGAGCUGUUCCCCAGGCACAUAUCAAGAUGCUGAACGCUGGCUUCUUCAGACAGGACGUGCGAGCGGCGAUUGGACUCUUGGAAAGCCUGUGAUGUGUCCUCCAAACAAGGGUCCAAUUCGCGUUCUUUGUGUUCGCAUUGUUCUUCGUGUUCUUAAAUCUGUGUGCAAAGAUUCUUGCUACUUGCCAUAUCUUCCAGUUGCAUGUUUCACAAGAAGAAAUGCCGAACCGUUUCACAAACAAGAAUCCUCACCUUCAAUCGCACUACUGCAUGCUGAUGAGGCAAAGUGACAUGCUGUCUGCUGCUGGAUUCAGAUGAGCCUGCUUACGAGCUGUGUUUCAAAGCAUCCUAGUCCCACCAGAGACCAAAGCAGUUUCGUGCACGUGAGUUUUGUUCCAG